ACCCAUGAAUGCAUGCCUACCGCCAGUACAAAGUAAGUAACGUCCCUGUUUUUGGUACAUACUUCGAACUACUAUUACUACUAGUAGUAGUAGGAAUUGGUUAGCAGGCAGGCAGUGCUCCGUCCGGUCGCAUUCGACUGCCCUUUCGAGCUUGGACAUUACACCGAGACAUUAUAGUAGCCUGGGUGCAGCAGAGCCUUUCAACGAAUUCUUGCGUCUCUCAUCAUUUCGGAAGCAGAAGUAGUCUUUUACUUUGUAGUAUGCUUGAUGUCAUGAGGCGGAUGGAGUUCUGCAUCCCUUCUCCGCAGUUGACAGGCCCGCUUGCUCGAUAUUGGCUCCUUGGGGCGCUCAGUCCUCAUGGCACAUCCACAAUCCCACAUGAGUUAGGUAGGGGCAGGAAACCUUAUCAAGGCGAUAUCUUUGUUCGAAGUGGAGUGGCAUCCUGGCUUGGACCUGAGCUUCACGGCUGGGAACAAUGGUAGAGUUGCCCACUCUACUCCACGGCUGUCAAUCUCGAUUUUAGAAGUAUAUACUCCAUCAAUACUCCAUAAUGUGUGACAUCCGAUGGGGAUCCCUAUGGGGCCUUUCAUCCUGCGCUUCCCCAUCACCGGUAUUUAUAUCAAGUGCGGCUUGUCCGCAGCAUUCAGGUACCUACCUUCCUUCAGUUAAUAACUGGUUUACAAUUCAGUGUUUCCCGCCGCAGGCUACAACUCCCACGCAGCCACAGUACUACUAUACUACUCAUUGUUUUGUAUCCUCAACAAUUGAUAUACCCCCUACUACGGUCUCUACCAAGGAGUGACAGGAGUUAGUCUAACGGUGGUGUCACAAGCAACGACUCAACGGAUGAGCCUGCAUCUAUUACUCAUAUCAUGCGCUCGGUUUGCUUUUGACAAGUAGGUAAUAUUUCAGACUUGCGUAAGCUGCGCUGGACGGGCUUCCCAAGCAGGUGCAUGUGUGCCUCCUGAGACAUUCUGAGAUUACAAGUUUGGCGUUCAGACCACUCAGGCUACCCUCCAAGUCUCCUGGGAAUGAAAAUCCCACGCCUGAGGACAAGUGAUGUUCAGCGCAAAGACACCACCACCUACAGGGCUCCGACCAUGAUUGAACGCCUCAGGUAUAUACCAGCUGCAUGGAGCUUCUAGACUGCAGGCCGCA